CUGGGCUGGAGAGCGGCUGGAACCGCCGGAGCGGAGCUCGCGACCCGGCUGCCGGAGAGGGAGAAGAUGAGCGGUCCCAGAUCAGAGCCUCCAGCCCAGAGGACAUCAAGCCACCCCCAGGGAUCCACAAGCAGCCUCAGUGGCAGCCGCCAACCCCGGUAGCCGCGCGCGCUGCCCAGGACCGCGGAGGAGCCCGCCGGAGCGCAGUCUCCACGGAGACUCGGUGCCACCUGCGCGCGCCUCCGCGCACCUGAAGGCUGUCCACCCGCGGACCGGACCAGCGGGCUCCACGAAGCUUGGAUCGCCUUUGAAGGAACGGAAAAAUAGAAAAAAAAAAGAAAGAAAGAAAGAAAGAACCCCAAGAGCAGGCUUCCCCAGCCCAGACCCGCUGCCCUUCCAGGUUCCCCAAGUUUUUGAAAGCUGGCCACUCUGACCCCAGUUCCAGAAAACUGGCAGCCACCGAGCCCCGGGUCUGAGGAGGCAAACGCCCCACGAGCUCCCCGACACGCGGGGCGAGACUGAGGGCAGGUCGGAAGCGAGUCCAGCACCUCCGAGGCUUGACGCUGCGCGCUCACGCGGCUGCCACCGCCGCGGCCACCGCAGACCCAGCCUCGCACUCCAAGGCCGCCUACUGCUGCCCGCCAUCACCAUGUCCACCCCCGCGGCCAAUGCGUCUGCCUCCUUGCUUACGAACAGCCCGAACAGCCCGGUGACCAUCCCGGCGGUGAUGUUCAUCUUCGGGGUGGUGGGCAACCUGGUGGCCAUCGUGGUACUGUGCAAAUCGCGCAAGGAGCAGAAGGAGACGACCUUCUACACCUUGGUAUGCGGGCUGGCGGUCACCGACCUGCUGGGCACGUUGCUGGUGAGCCCGGUGACCAUCGCCACGUACAUGAAGGGCCAGUGGCCCGGCGGCCAGGCUCUGUGCGAGUACAGCACCUUCAUCCUGCUCUUCUUCGGCCUGUCGGGCCUCAGCAUCAUCUGCGCCAUGAGCAUCGAGCGCUACCUGGCCAUCAACCACGCCUACUUCUACAGCCACUACGUGGACAAGCGGCUGGCGGGCCUCACGCUCUUCGCCGUCUACGCGUCCAACGUGCUCUUCUGCGCGCUGCCCAACAUGGGCCUGGGGAGCUCGCGGCUGCAGUACCCGGAGACCUGGUGCUUCAUCGACUGGACCACCAACGUGACGGCGCACGCCGCCUUCUCCUACAUGUACGCGGGCUUCAGCUCCUUCCUCAUCCUCGCCACCGUGCUCUGCAACGUGCUGGUGUGCGGCGCGCUGCUCCGCAUGCACCGCCAGUUCAUGCGCCGCACCUCGCUGGGCACCGACCAGCACCACGCUGUCACCGCCGCGGCGGCCUUCGCCGCGACCGCCGGCCGGGGCCACCCGGCCGCCUCCUCCCCCGCCCUGCCGCGCCUCAGCGACUUUCGCCGCCGCCGGAGCUUCCGCCGCAUCGCGGGCGCCGAGAUCCAGAUGGUCAUCCUACUCAUCGCCACCUCCCUGGUGGUGCUCAUCUGCUCCAUCCCGCUCGUGGUGCGCGUGUUCGUCAACCAGUUGUACCAGCCGAAGUUAGUGCGAGAGAUCAGCAGGAACCCGGACCUGCAGGCCAUCCGGAUCGCCUCGGUGAACCCCAUCCUGGACCCCUGGAUAUACAUCCUCCUGCGGAAGACCGUGCUCAGCAAAGCCAUAGAGAAGAUCAAGUGCCUGUUCUGCCGCAUCGGAGGCUCCCGCCGAGACCUCCCGGGCCAGCACUGCUCCGAGAGCCGCCGGACCUCCUCCGCCGUGUCCGGCCACUCGCGCUCCUUCCUGUCCCGGGAGCUGCGGGACGUCAGCAGCACGUCGCAGACCCUCCUGUACCUGCCAGACCUCAGCGACCACGGCCUGGCCGGCGGCGGCGGCGGGAGCCUGCUGCCCGGCGUGCCCAGCGUGAGCCUGCCCCAGGCCCAGGUGGACACCACCUCCCUGAGGACUCUGCGGGUCUCGGAGACCUCGGACUCCUCGCAGGGGCAGGACUCGGAGAGCGUCCUGCUGGUGGGCGAGACUGCGGGCCGCGCGGGGCCCGGCGCCAAGGGCUGCGCCCUGCAAGUCCCGUUUCCCAACGAAACGCGGAACUUCUCGGAAAAGUGUAUAUAGUGGCUAAGGAAAGCAAUGCCGCACUGUUUCUGGAAGCUUCUAAAAAUCCUGUGCAAUAGACACAUAGUGAAGGGUGUAGCUGUGCUCAGAAGGGCUAUUUUCGUCCCGCGACUCACCGGAAAGAAAGUCUGCUUUUUGAGCGCUUUACGAUCACGCUGAUUCGCGCGGCUCCUGUGGCCUGAAACCUGUCGCGGGGGUGGGGGGGCCCUCUCCAGGGCGGAUUGCGGUCACCACUUGGUCGCCGAGAUCGGCCCUUCGUCUUCUACUUGACAGGACGCUGGCUGAAGUGUCGCUGUGCUCAGAGCGUCAGGCGCUUUGCCCCUGGCCCGCAACGGCUGGCCAGGGUGGAAACGCUUCGGAGCGGCGACUGCGAGAACUACCUUCGGGGUGAUUUCAGCGUCUCACUAAAGCAUGAAAUGUGAAUUUUAUUGUUGUAAAUAUGACUCGAGGUAUUUAAAGUAUUUUCUUCUCUGUGAGAAGGUUUAUUGUCAAUACAAGGUAUAAUAAAAGUAUGGUAACCCCUCUAUUCCCAGUAUAACUAGCUGAAGUUAUAGAUGCUUGGUUUGGGGGGAAGGGGGUUCAUACACAAGUUCAGGCCAAGGUGUUGAAAAUUCAGUGAAACUCACUAUGAAGGGGAUACAGAUUUUUUUUUUACAAGAAAGAGUACGGUUAUAGGAAUAAGGAAAAAUACUAUUGAAGACAUGAAAAUUCCAGUCCAGAAUGCUUAGGUUUGUUCUCGUGCUUCAUAUAACGCAGCGAAAAACGUUCAGUGCUGACUACAUGCAUUCAUCCAGAAAACUGACUUCUGGAGCACCCAACGUGCUGGCUGGCCGAUAUUUUCUACUUCUGUCCCCGCCAAGUGGUACUUUUUAAAAUGUUAACAUAAAAUUUUGAAAAGCCUGUAAUAAGUACCCAUAGUGGAACUGUACAACAUAAAAGUAAAACAUCUAAGCAGCCUGUUUCCCCCCGGGAAUUGUGCACAGGUUUACUCUCCUGGAGAGAGGAGCUAGAAUGCCCAGGACAACAGCAGAGGAAGACAGAUUUGCGGGCCCCGGAACGACCUUUACGUCCAGACGGGAAAGGGCUGGUGAAACCAGCCUUUCACAGACCUUAGCAGAGUCUCACGAGACAAGGGGGAGACAAGGGGCACGCAGGGUCCCCGCGUCUAACAGUUCCGUGUGGCGCCCCGUGACGCUGUGCACACAUGUGAAGGAAACCUUCUCAAAAAAACAUUAAGCAUGUUUUGUUGCUUAACAGUGUUUUUUGUGAAUCGCUUGGUUGUAGUUCAAUUCUGAGCCUGAUAGUGAUACGGUUUAAAGAAGCAGUUGUACCAACUGAAAUUAUUUUGAGAUUAUAACAAAUAAAAAUACGCUCAAUCUGA